AUGGCCAUUGCCCCGUAUGGGCAGGGGAGGACAUUGGUCCUGGGGACCCCCGGGAGAGCAGAGGAGGGGAACCCCUGGGACCCCCAGAGCGUGUUCCAGUUGAUUUUAAGGUCCGAGUGUUACUUCACUAACGGCACAGAGAAGGUGAAGUUCGUGGAGAGGGGCAUCUAUAAUCGGCUGCCGCACGUGAUGUUCGACAGCGACGUGGGGCACUACGUGGGGUUCACUCCCUUUGGGGAGAGGUUUGCGAGGGAGAUGAACAGCGACCCGGCCAUAAUGGAGGACGCACGGACUACGGUGGACUGGCUCUGCCGGUACAACUACAAGUUGUCCACUCUGUUGAUCACGGAGCGCCGAGGAGCCAGCCUGGGCCGGGAAGGUGGCCGGAGAUGGAGCCAGAGCUCGGAGCUGGUGCUCCAUGAGCAGCUCCAUGAUGGGGAGAAGCCCCACACGUGCGUGGAGUGUGGGAAGAGCUUCAGAUGGAACUCCGAACUGAUCAGGCACCAGAGGAUCCACACUGGGGAACGGCCCUACGAGUGUGGGGAGUGUGGGAAGAGCUUCAGCGUGAGCGGCAAUCUGAUCAUGCACCAGAGAAUCCACACUGGGACGAGGCCGUACAAGUGUUCCGAGUGUGGGAUGUGCUUCAGAGAGAGCUCCGGCCUGGUCCAGCACCUGAGGACCCACACUGGGGAGAGGCCCUACGAGUGUUCCAAGUGUGGGAAGAGGUUUCAGAGCAGCUCCAAUCUCCUCAAGCACUAUCGGAUUCACAGGGAGGAGAGGCCCUUCCAAUGCCCUGACUGCGGGAAGGGAUUCAAGCACAACUCCACCCUCAUCAGGCACCUGCGCAUCCACACCGGGGAGAGGCCCUACGAGUGUGAUAAAUGCAGGAAGAGGUUUCCUACCAGCUCCAUUCUCCUCCUGCACUAUCGGAUUCAUACAGAGGAGAGGCCUUUCCGCUGUCCCGACUGCGAGAAGGGAUUCAAGCACAACUCCGCCCUUGUCACCCACCGGCGCAUCCACACAGGGGAGAGGCCCUACGAGUGUCCCCAGUGUGGGAAGAGCUUCUCACAGAGCUCUCACUUGACCCAACACCAACGGAGGCACCGGUAAAGGAAGCCCUGUGAGUGCCCCGAGUGCGGGCAGAGCUUCAUGCGCUGCUCCAGCUCCAUCCCCCACUGGAGGAGGCACUUUGGGCACAGCCCUGGUCACUCACAUUCCCUGUGAUCCAUGUUGGGAACCCACCUGGCUGCUUCGCCUUUUGGGUUGACCCUAAUUUUCCUCUGCUUCACCUUCAUCCUUUAAAAACACCCAAAACUGGAUUAAAUGAAGGAAAUUGAUCGAAUAUAUCUGACGUUGCAUUAUUUCUUGGUUGUUUUAGAGGGAAUUUAGGUUUUGGGGACGCGUUCUGUGUGGAGUGCUGCUGUUGCUAAGAGGCAGGAAUUUGAUCUCACCCUUCUUGUAUUGCUAAGAACUCCUCCCCUGACCCCAACCUCAAUUCCACCCUUGGGAUAUCCUAUAAAAACUCCACGGCUCUGCCUUUGCCCUGUCUUUGGGGCAUAAGAAAUGGAUUCCCAAAGGAUCAGCCCUUUUCCCACUGGAUUCCAAAGGAUCACCCUCAUUCUCCACUGGAUUUCUAGAGGAUCAAGCUUUUCCUGCUGGAUUCCCAAAGGAUCAACCUUUUUUCCACUAGACUCCCAGAUUGUCCACCUUUUCCCACUGAGGAUAAAUAUUUGCCCACUGGAUUCCCAGAGUAUCAACCUUUUUCACUGGAUUCCUAGAGGAUUCUGACUGCGUCACUGAUUUUUUUUGUUUGUACUACUGCAUUUGUAUUUUUAAUUUUUCGUAAUAAAGAACUGUUAUUUCUA